GCCGCGCCAUCGUGAUGGCGUCAGGCGCCGCGAGCGCCGCUUCCUGUUGUCAGUGGCCGUGAGGCCGCGGCGUCGGCUCCGAGGCUGAGGGGCUGCCGCGGCCGGGAGUUCCCACGCCUGCUCCCGCUCGGUUUGGACAUUUGUCCGGAAAUCCAACCAUCCUCAGGUGGAAAGAGAUGCGGCUUCCUCAUUCAGUAUUCACAUGUCUUAACGAUCAGCUGCCUUUCUGAAUCAGGAGAUAAUUUUGUCAUUCUUUUCCAACUGAAAAAACAUGACUCAUCAAUUGAUACAGCAGCUGGAUGGCUUAAAUGCCAGGCUGUUGUUCUGAACAGCCAGGUAAUGCAAUUCAGGCAGUAAAGGGAAGGCCGUGGGGAGUGGCUGAGAAGUCUCUAAAGAGAAGAGGUUGCUGUUCACUGGUGGAUUGAGUGUUGUGAGAGCACUGAAGCCAGGCCAUCCAUUUCUGCUUCUAAUGUGUCAUGUGACUCUCCGAGGGAGUUGCUGCGUGAGUGGAGAUGCUCUCAGUGGUGGAGAAUGGACUGGACCCCCGGGCUGCCAUCCCGGUCAUCAAGAAGAAGCUGGUGGGAUCCGUGAAGGCAUUGCAGAAGCAGUACGUGUCCUUGGACACGGUGGUCACAAGUGAAGAUGGAGAUGCCAACACCAUGUGCAGCGCCCUGGAGGCCGUGUUUAUCCACGGCCUGCAUGCCAAGCACAUCCGAGCAGAGGCUGGAGGAAAAAGGAAGAAGAGUGCUCACCAGAAGCCUCUGCCUCAGCCUGUCUUCUGGCCACUCCUGAAAGCUGUCACCCACAAACACAUCAUCUCGGAGUUGGAGCAUCUGAUCUUUGUCAACACGGAUGUGGGCCGCUGCCGAGCAUGGCUGCGGCUGGCCCUCAACGACGGCCUGAUGGAGUGCUACCUGAAGCUGCUCCUCCAGGAGCAGGCCCGACUGUGCGAGUACUAUCAGCCUACAGCCCUGCUUCGAGACGCUGAGGAGGGCGAGUUCCUCCUUAGCUUCCUGCAGGGACUAACGUCCUUGUCCUUCGAACUCUCCUACAAGUCCGCCAUCUUAAACGAGUGGACACUCACCCCAUUGGCCCUCUCUGGGCUUUGCCCACUGUCUGAGCUCGACCCUCUCUCUACCUCUGGUGCAGAACUACAGCGGAAGGAGUCUCUGGAUUCAAUUUCCCAUUCCUCAGGCUCGGAGGACAUCGAAGUCCAGCACUCAGGCCAUAAGAUCCGGCGGAACAGGAAGCUAACUGCCUCCUCCCUCAGCCUGGACACAGCCAGUUCAUCCCAGCUGUCCUGUAGCCUAAACUCUGAUAGCUGCCUACUCCAAGAGAAUGGCUCCAAGAGUCCAGACCAUUCUGAGGAGCCCAUGUCCUACGACUCAGACCUGGGCACAGCAAAUGCCGAUGAUUCAGACCGGUCUCUGCAAGAGGUGUUGUCGGAAUUCAGCAAAGCCCAGGUAAACUCUAUGCCAACCAAUGGAAUGAGCCAAGAAACGGAGGUCCCCAUGCUCCAAGGCUCGCUCUCCCUCCACGGCCUCAACACCAGCACACACCUGCACUAUGAGGUGCCUGCAGAGCCCUUUCCUGCCCAUGCAGCCUCUGGAAUCCAAGAUGUUGGCCAUAAGCAGGAGCCGCAUUCCCUGGCACCUGGCACUCUGGACUUGAAGCAGCUGGACACUGCCCAAGCUUUCCCUGCAGGGAGCAGCUCAGGCCAGCAGCCUUCUAGUACUAUGAGAGAGACGACCAGAGCAGUCAGCCAAGAGAGUGGCCAGCAGAAGACCCCAUGGGGUGAUGGAGUUGGACUGAAGCUUGUGGUUUCCUCACCCACGAGUCCGAAAAGCAAGAGCUGGAUUUCAGAAGAUGACUUCUACCGGCCGCCCCAGGAGCAACCCCUGGAGAGAGCUUCAGAUUGCCCCGUAGCUGCUUCCAGAGGGCCUCCAGAGGCAAGGCCCGGUCUCCACAGGCAUUUUUCUCAAGGACCAAGAAAAAGCUGCUCCCUGGGGGCACUAGACAAAGCGUGUGCGUCUUCCCCGGGAAGCAGGCAAAGCCAGGCGGCCCCGGCGCAGGAGCACAGGAACUUCUGGGUGGUGCACCGGAGGCAGAUGGGGCUGUCCAACCCGUUCCGGGGUCUCAUGAAACUGGGCACAGUGGAGCGGCGGGGGGCAAUGGGCAUCUGGAAGGAACUCUUCUGUGAACUCUCCCCACUGGAAUUCCGCCUCUACCUGAGCGACGAGGAGCGCACCUGUGUGGAGAACUGCUCCCUGCUGCGCUGCGAGGCUGUGGGGCCGGCCCACAGUGACGGGCGCUUCGAGCUGGUGUUCUCUGGCAAGAAGCUGGCCUUGCGAGCCUCGUCCCAGGAUGAAGCCGAGGACUGGCUGGACCGCGUGCGGGAGGCCCUGCAGAAGGUCCGGCCUCAGCCAGAGGAUGAGUGGGUAAACAUCGAGUACCCAGACGAGCCUGAAGGGCUCCCUGAGGUGCCCCAAGGUGGCCACCCCUCUCGCCCAGACCUGCUCUCGGAGCCUGCGACUCCCCAGGGCACGCAGUUUGACUGGUCAUCUGCCCAAGUUCCAGAGCCAGACGCUAUUAAGGAGUCCCUUCUGUACCUGUACAUGGACAGGACCUGGGUGCCCUAUAUUUUUUCCCUGUCCUUGGAGUCUUUGAAAUGCUUCCGAGUGAGAAACAACGAGAAGAUGCUAAGUGACAGCCAUGGCGUUGAGACCAUCAGAGACAUCCUGCCAGACGCAAGCCUCGGGGGCCCGUCCUUCUUUAAAAUCAUCACGGCCAAGGCCGUCCUGAAGCUGCAGGCCGGGAAUGCCGAGGAGGCUGCCCUGUGGAGGGACCUGGUCCGCAAGGUCCUGGCAUCCUACUUGGAGACAGCUGAGGAGGCAGUGACACUCAGCGGGAGUCUGGAUGAAAACUGUCAGCAGGUGCUGAAGUUUGCCACCCGGGAGAACGGCUUCCUACUGCAGUACCUGGUGGCCAUCCCUACGGAGAAAGGCCUCGACUCCCAGGGCUGCUUCUGUGCAGGCUGCUCCCGGCAGAUCGGCUUCUCCUUUGUACGACCCAAGCUCUGUGCCUUCUCUGGCCUCUAUUACUGUGACAUCUGCCACCAAGAUGAUGCCUCAGUGAUUCCAGCCAGGAUCAUUCACAACUGGGACCUCACCAAGCGCCCGGUCUGCCGGCAGGCCCUCAAGUUCCUGACGCAGAUCCGGGCCCAGCCCCUCAUCAACCUGCAGCUGGUGAACGCGUCUCUGUAUGAGCACGUGGAGCAGAUGCGCCUCAUUGGGCAGAGGCGCGAGCAGCUGAAGCUCCUCGGGGACUACCUGGGCCUGUGCCGCAGCGGCGCCCUGAAGGAGCUGAGCAAGAGGCUUAACCACAGGAAUUAUCUCUUGGAGUCUCCCCACAGGUUCAGUGUCGCUGAUCUCCAGCAGAUCGCAGAGGGGGUGUAUGAAGGAUUCCUCAAGGCCCUGAUCGAAUUUGCCUCCCAGCACGUCUACCACUGCGACCUGUGCACCCAGCGUGGCUUCAUUUGCCAGAUCUGCCACCACCACGACAUCAUCUUCCCCUUUGAGUUUGACACCACAGCCAGGUGUGCCGAGUGCAAGACCGUCUUCCACCAGAGCUGCCAGGCCGUGGUGAAGAAGGGCUGCCCCCGCUGUGCCCGCCGGCGCAAGUACCAGGAACAGAACGUUCUCACCUAAUCCCCACCUCCAGACCCCACCCUCGAGGUCAGGGGGUGAGUGCCAACAGCCUGGGCUGCGCAGUCUCACAGUGUCACAGCUGUGUCCCCUUGGCGGGAAGACCCUCAGAUGUGACCAGAGCACAGGCCUCCCAAGAGAAAGCCCAGGAUGCCCGAUGAUGCCCCAGGACCACCCUGCUACCCUCUGCUCUGGGGGCGGGAGGGGUGGGUGCCACACGAUGUCCUAUCUGGGGGUGGACGAGGGCCUGUUCCUAACCAGGCCCUGGUCACCACCGUCACGGCACCUCCAUUAGGGCUGUUCAAACACUGUGGAAAUGAGACUUGUGAGCAUUUUCAAUUCCACAUUCCUGAUUAAAAGGUCUAGUUUUUUAAGGUGGGUUUUUCCCCUUCAUAUUGCAACAGAAAAUAUUUUUUUAUUCUUGACCCUACACGAGUCACCCAUGAAAUCCAGGCAUUCUCACCCUGAACAGAUGCGCAGGAGCCACUCAGGCCUGGCUGGGCAGGUGAGCCACUGCCGGACGGGGCCUGGCGGCUGGACCGGGUGCCUUUCUUUUGUCCCUGCUGCCACGUGCCAAACUGCUCGUUGGCAGGGUGGGGCCAGGCCCGGUGACCCUUGCUUCCUCUCCCUGUGUCGUCUUUCCUCCCCGUUCCCACACUCCUCACCUGAAGGGCCCGUCCCCUUUCUUGGUGUCAGUCCUGGCUCUUCUCCAGCUUGGGCUCUUGGUCCCAGCAGGAGAAGGAGAAAUGACUCAACCAGCACUGUUAGCACUUUGCACCUACCUUAGUUCAGGGAAGGUCGUCACCUUGCCCGCCCCUCAGCCCUGUGCCCUCCUUACUCCUCCGCAGACGGGCAGGCCGGUGCUACCAACGCCGCAGCCCCACCUGCUGUGGGCUCUCAGUCACAACCCCUGCCCGCCUGAGCCCAGAGAGGGCAGCGAGCCCAGGCAGGGGCUGGCCUCGGGCACCGUGACUGCCGGGCCCUGCACUGUGGAGAGGUGACCGGGUCCUUCCACUGCUGAGAUGUGCAAGGACGGGCAGAGAAGCUACCCUGAGGAAGCAGCCCCAGCCUCGGUCUCACAAAGCCAUCAAUUCCCAAAGCUUCGCUGGACUUCCCCAGCAGGGCGCUGCCGGACACGGGGAAAGUUCCGUGGCGCAGGAUUGCCUUUUGAUGGGGGUCUUGGGGCUGGGGUGGGAGCCUAGAAUUGUUUGCACAGUUACGUUGAGACCCUUGAGGUUGGGGGGCGGGUGUGCUCCCUCUGUUGCCUCACACCUGCCCGCCCACUGCUGGACCCAGCAGGCCCUCUCGUGUCAGCCCUGGGGUCCCCAGCUUAGAGUAGGAGGCCUCAGGUGGAGUCUGCCUGUCACUGUCAAGAAAUGAGCCUGCCCACCCCUCCCUGGGGGUGAUCUGCUGCUGAGUCACCAGCCCAGCUGAGGAGCUGGAAGAAUGCGCACUAGAAGAGAGGAGGCAGCGGGCAGGCAGGUGGAGGCACCGCACGGCUCCUCCUCCCUGUCACGGAGGAUGGUGGCACCUGUGCCCAAACCCACAGCCUCCUAAACCCACAGGCGCGUCCUUAUCCUCACCCCAGCCCCGCAGCCCGCAUUGACGCUCACCGUGAACACCGCCUGAUCGGAGCCAGCGCUGCCUGGUCCCGGAGUGCCAGGAGCCUGGCCCUGGUGGGCUUGGGCCUGUUGGGCCAGUGAGGAAAUCCCCCUGCCCCCGAAGGUGCCCUAGGAGGCAGCAGGGGUGAGGCCCUGGUUGGAGGGGCCUCCCCCACCCCCAGGAUUGUUAGCAUUAGAGCUGCCCCCUCCCCGUGACUGUGACUGAGAAGCUGCUAGUGCUUUCAGAGGAGUUGACUCUUACCCAACAGUGGAACGCUGAUGUGAACCUCAGUAGUGCCCACACUAUUUUAAAAUGUUAUUUUAUGCAAUAAACUGUUUCUAGUCAGUGGGGGCAUGGCCCUGAGAAGUGCUUUGUAUUGAAGGAAUUGCUGCCAUGUUGUGUGAUUUUGCAGUAAAGACCUGGUCUUUCUA